GUGCCUAUCUCCACAGCUCCAGUGACUUGGCCGGCGAAAAUGGCGGAUCUUCACGUAGUAAUGGUUCCAUGGUUGGCAUUCGGUCAUAUGAUUCCAUUUCUUCAGCUCUCUAUAGCAUUAGCCAAAGCUGGAGUGCGUGUCUCCUUUGUAUCAACUCCGAGGAACAUCCGCAGACUCCCUAAACUUCCUCCAGAUUUAGAGCCUCUGAUAAGCUUCGUGGAGCUUCCAUUGCCGGCGGUGGACGGUGGUCUCUUGCCGGAAGAUGCAGAGGCCACUGUGGACGUUCCCACUGAGAAAAUUCAGUACUUGAAGCUUGCUUAUGAUCUCCUGCAACACCCCUUUAAGAAGUUCAUUGCAGAUCAAUCUCCGGAUUGGAUUAUUAGCGAUACUAUGGCUCAUUGGGUGGUCGAGAUUGCAGAAGAGCAUCGGAUUCCUUCAAUGACCUUCAUUUUGUUCUCCUCUGCCGCAGCUGUUUUCGUUGGGCCUAAUGAAUGUCUAAUCGGUGAAGGUAGAAGGAGGAUUCGGCCGUCGCCUGAGAGCCUGACAUCAUCACCGGAGUGGGUCAGUUUUCCAUCUUCGGUAGCUUUCCGGGGAUAUGAAGCUAGAACUUGCUACGCAGGAUUCUUCGGAGAGAAUGUUUCUGGGAUAACUGAUGCCCAUAGGGUUGCCAAGGUAUGCCAUGCAUGUAAAGCUGUGGCUGUACGCAGCUGCAUUGAAUUUGAAGGUGAGUACCUGAAUAUACAUGAGAAAAUCAUGGGGAAGCCGGUGAUUCCAGUGGGUUUCCUUCCACAGGAAAAACAAGGAGGAAGAGAAACCACUGAAGGACCAUGGAGUGAGAUCUUCAAAUGGCUUGAUGAACAAAAACCCAAGUCGGUUGUGUUUGUAGGGUUUGGGAGUGAGUGUAAGUUAACCAAAGAUCAAGUCCAUGAGAUAGCUUACGGGCUAGAGCUAUCCGAAUUGCCAUUUCUGUGGGCACUUAGAAAACCCAACUGGACUAUGGAAGACAUUGAUGCUCUACCUUCUUGUUUCAGUGACCGGACGUCCGGCAAAGGGAUAGUAUGGAUGGGGUGGGCACCACAGAUGGAAAUUCUGGCGCACCCAUCAAUUGGGGGUUCACUGUUUCACUCUGGGUGGGGUUCAGUUAUAGAGACUCUUCAAUCUGGGCAUUGCCUUGUUUUAUUACCACUUAUAGUUGAUCAGGGGUUGAAUGCAAGACUGCUUGUGGAGAAGGGUUUGGCUGUGGAAAUAGAGAGAAGCGAGGAUGGAUCCUUUAGUAGGGAGGAUAUAGCAAAGUCUUUGAGGGUAGCCAUGGUGUCGGAGGAAGGCGAGAAGCUGAGGGCACGUGCAAGAGAGGCCGCUGCAAUCUUCAUUGACAAGAGGCUGCAACAGGAGCACUAUAUUGGUGGAUUGGUCAAGUAUCUGAAAGCUGAAGUUUCCGAAAAAUGAUCAUCUCAUAUGUUGUCUGACAAGAAUUGUGGUAUUAUGCUUUAUAAAACAAAAUGUUGGUUUAUGACACAAUUAAGAGUUUGGUAUUAAUUAAGUUAUAUGUGAGGAGUCCUUUGUC